AUGGAUCCAAUCGUGUAUCUAUCGCAGGUGCGCUUCCAUCAAUCGAUCCACUGCGCUCGUACACAAUCUCGAGUCACCUUUGCCCUCGGCGGCGAUGGGUGGCAUCCGGCCACGAUCACCCACUAUGGAAACAUCAAAAAGAUGAGCUCGAUGGCUCCUGGCCAUUACCGCCACAAUGGACCGAUCCUUCUGUACCUGCUUCCCUCGGGUUGCAGCAGGUUACUAGGAAUGCUGCUGGAAGGCAUCUGCCGGGCUCACCAGGUAUCCAUCCUCGCCAUAGAUCGACCCGGCAGCGGAGGCACAUCCAUGUGUCCGCUUCAGGAUCGUCUUCAGAUUGCAACACAGCAAGCUCAGAGCGUGUUGGAAGCUCUUCAGCUUGACCAGGCCGGCCAGCCUCAGAUCCGCCUGAUCAGCCAUUCGGCAGGCUGGUUCUACGCCCUUUCUUUGCUCGAAGCCGCUCCUCUAUACUUUGCCAGACCCGGCUGCGCAACGAGAUGCCUCUUUUCUUCGCCGUUCAUCCCCACCAGCCUGUCAUCGAGUCUAACGUUGUCACUGUUGCCAAAAAGCCUUGUGGCACUCGCGCCUAAGGUGCUGCCAGUUGUGAGCCGCAGUCUGAGCUGGUCCACUGGGCUAGGCGAUGACAUCCUCAAUGUCAGCAAAGGACUCGUCUCGUGGAAGGACACCGAAGUCGAUCCUGACUUGACACAAGAGCAGCAAAGACAGGAGCGCGAGAAGCUCGAGUCCAAAGAUCGCGAGAUUCGUCGACGCAGUGUGGUAAAGAAUCCACGGGCUCGGUUUCAUCCGCCGUACUCGCCGCAUCUGAAGCACGGUCUCAACGCUUGGAAGCAGCCUGACCAGAGUCCCAAAACCACUCCUCGCCAUCCAAAAACAGGACGUGCCCUCAAAUCUGGCGGCGAUCUGCUGUUCGACUACGUGAUCGAAGAGGGGUCAAUGGCGGGCAUGACCGAAGACUAUCUGCUGUGCUUGGGCAAGGCUCCUGGGCUCGACAACGAGGCGCUCGCAAACUGGAUGCUUGCGAAACUGGAAAGCGCCUUUGGAGCUGUCGCCGCUCUUUCCGGCGCGCCAGCAGAACUCGUUGUACUCUGGGGCGGAGCCGACUUUAUGAUACCCCAAAAAGGAAGAGAUUACCUAGAUUCGGUCCUGAAAGAUCCGAGAUUCUCGGAAAGCAUCACGUACCAACAGUGGGAAAUGGCGGAAGGCGGUCACGACGCAACAUUGUUCGCAGAGAAAGUGAUGGUGGAUGUGCUCGAUUUCUUGUCAUGUCUCGACCAAGCGAGAUGA